AUGAAGGUGAGAUGUGGUAAAGACGAGAUGGAUCAGUCAACAUUCACUUCUGAAGGUUCCUCAUCUUCAAGCGAUAGCUCAGAUGAAGGUACGAGUGAUACUGAGAGUGACAGCAACGGUGCUGAUGGCUCUGAUGGAGGCAGAAUGUUCAUCGUCGAGAAGAUUUUGGCAUAUCAUAGUUAUGGUCAUUUGAAACGUCGAAAAUUGAUUGAUGAGGGACGGCCGCAAGCAGAUCACGAUAUGUUCUUUCUCAUCAGAUGGGAGGGAUACGGAUCAGAGGAUGAUUCUUGGGAGCCGUGGGAGACCGUUGAGAAAUUGGACGUUUUUAAAAAGUAUGUCCGAAGACAUAGAAAUGAAUUGAGAGCGUUCGUUAAACGUGCCAGAGAGACAUUCGGUUCAUCGUGUCCGUCAACGAAGAAAGCACAACAAACUGAAAAAGAUAUUCGUAGAAAACAUCGACGAUACUCAUUCGAUGUAUCGCGAGAACAUGGCACAGCUCGUGAUCGGUCUAAAAAAUGUAUAAAUGAUAGCGAUAGCAGUAGUGAUAACAGUGAUAAUCCAAUGAUGAUUACCGGACGGCGAUAUACAGAUGGAAAUUACAAGAAUCAUGGGCAGAGUUCAUUUGAGAAGAGACUGGCGUUGGAUGGAGUACGUUCAUCUCGGAAGUCAUCGCAUGAAAAGAGAAUUUCGAGGGAGAGUGCUGAGAGACGGCAAUUGAAAAAACGAAAACUUUCGGAUGAACGUGAAAAGGAGCGUCGUGAACGUAAAGACGCACUGCAGAAGAUAAUCGAAAAAAGGCGACGAUCUGAUAAUAUUGUUGAGGGGGACGGGAAGGGAGGCGAGAAAUUGGGCGGUGAUUCGAAGAGGAGACAUUCGUCUGCUAGGAACAAUCAAGGAACGGAUUCAUCACUAUUCCAAACGACAUCUUCGUAUAGCAACAAUAAGGAUAACACUAGUAACAAUAACAAGAAAAAUGUGAAGAAAGCGUGUAAACGAUCAGCAACUUCUACGAAUACCACAAAACAGUUGAGAAUAGUCGUCUCAUCAUCAGAUGAAGAGAUGGAUUAUUAUUACAACGAUACUGGUAAUGCAACGAUGAAUAAUGCAAACGCGCACAAAGCGAAACAUUCCUCUCCGAUGCUCACACCCACAUCAGAACGUGAAGAAGCACCUCCGUCAGGCAGUAAUUCUCCGAACAGUUGUGAUAAAACUAAUGAUUGCAAUAAUCAAGAUAGUAAUACUCGUAAACUAUCAAUCAAAAAAGGAUCGUUAACUGAUAAGUUGCAAAGUGAUGAGGACAGUGAAAUGGUGUUGGAUUUGGAUCUUACAUCAGUUCACAAUGAUCAACAACAACAGAGUGACGAAGUGACGAUUCGUAAAUGGAAUUUGAGAGAAGCGUUAAGAAAUGGGGAUAUUGAUAAAUUUAUUGUUGAGUGGAAUUUAUUAGAGAAGAAUAUUUUGAGUGGUGAUUCAUCGAGAGAUGUGUGCGAUUGGAUUUUGAGUGAUGUGUGUAUGCGAGAUGCAAAUGCUGUGUCACCAUUGAGUGAUCUUCUUCGACGAGAUGUUUGUUCUGCUGAUCAUUGUAUUUGCAGAUUGUUAUCGCAAGUUCUAUCAAAGGUAUCGCCAAAUCUGCGUGAGCGAUUGUUUGAGGAGAUACGCGAUCGGAAUGGUAACAUUACUCUAGCGAAUGCCAUUAAUAUCAGUGACAAUAGCGGUGAUAACGAUAAGGAGAAGGAUACCUUUAAACUUCCUUGUGUUCUCGAUGUUUUACUUAAUUUUGGUGCGAACAUUAAUUCAGGUCGAGUUAGUGCUUUGCAGAAAUGUGUGGAAGGAGGGUUUCGGGAACUGAUAGUUUAUUUGUUACGUAAAGGCGUUGACGCGACUCGUUUGAAGCAUUUCGAGAACACGGAUUUUUGUUUGAUGAAACGAGAGCGAUUCGUCAUGCAACAUACCAAUCCAUUAUUAUGGCAUCUGAUUCGGUUUAUCGAUCGUUUGAAUGAAACAUUCACUGAGUGGACAUCGUCUUUAUUGAAGAAGGAGCUACCGAAUGAUCUUGUCGCGUCACCAAUCUCUUCUGUGCAUCCUUUUCGCAUUACACAGCUUGACAAGCGGAUGCUUGUGAUACAUUCAUUUCGAUUCUCAUCUGCAAGUGAUAUCACUUCGAUAUAUCCUGAAAAGCGUAACAUUAUUAUCACUUUUCCAGACAUCAUCCGGGUUCGUUUGGGUGCGACGUGUGAAGAAGUGGAUUUAUCGAUAGUGACACGCAGCUCGCAAAUGCUCGUUUAUCAAUUCCCGAAAUGUUUCAACCUGGAAUCGGGGACACGUGUGCACGUCAAUUUGUCGUAUUCAAUGGCAGAUGAGAGCAAAUUCGAUCGGGACGCAUUAUUGGCUCUGCGCUUGUGGACUGCGCAGCCCAAUUGA